GUUUUGACUUUAGAUCAGCUGGCAUUUGGCAAACCGAGCGUGUUUUAUAAAUUUGUUUCCUUGCUGCUUUUAAAUUUGAUUCUGUUUGUAACUGUUUUCACUUAAAUAACUAGCCAAUUAAAAACAUGACUUCUCAAGCGUUGGCAUCGUUAACGGCGACAUACACGGACUCGGAAGGAGAAGAAGAUAUGGAAGAUCCUACUCCAGAAAAAGAAGAACCAAAAGAAACUCAUUCCGUACCCACGAGCCCUAGGAAACACGAGGAGAGUAACAAAGCAUCCUCGGCGCCCGUGACUCCUAAGAAAAGAUUAGUGAGUUAUGUAGACGACACAAUAGUGUCUGACGAGGAGCCGCUGUCGCCGACCAACGAGAGCCAGGACGACAUGCGACGGCUGUCCAUGGAGACGGACACGGACGAGGCGCCUCCCCCAGUCGACCCCGACGACUCGCAGGACGGCGUCACCAUACCCCCCGAGCCUGCCGGCAAGUGCCCCAAGGAGCUGCAGGAGUCCAUUGCCAAGUUCUACAAUCGCAUGCUCACCGAGGGGCUAGACAUGAACAGAAUCAUACAAGACAAGAAAAACUUCCGGAACCCAAGCAUAUAUGAAAAGUUAAUUCAGUUUUGUGAUAUUAAUGAGUUAGAUACUAAUUACCCACCAGAGAUUUAUGAUCCUCUGAAAUGGGGCAAAGAAUCUUACUAUGAUGAACUCUCUCGUGUACAGAAAUUGGAAAUGGAUAGACGAGAAAAAGAAAAAAAGGAAAAAAUGGCCAAAAUUGACUUUAUUAGCGGAGUCGCCAAGAAGCCUGAGAGUGAUGAUGAGAAAAAGAGAAAAUCCAAAUGGGACCAGGCAGCACCCAACGUGUCCAACAAGCCAGCCAUUAAGCAGCCAGGGCUAGUGCAGCAGCCACUUACCAGCAAUGUGACUGGUACCAAGGGCACCGUCAUCUCAGCAUUUGGAUCUUUGCCCAAGAAACAAAAAAUAUGAAAAGAAACUAAGAAUACAAUAAUAUACAGACCAAUUGCUUAUUAUGUUUGUUGUGCCACAGUUAAACCAGUAACUAUUUCACUUGCAUACAAUAUGUGUGUUAAAUAAUUAUGUUAUCAGUUAAUAUGGAUAAUAAGUUGUAUUUACGACAAAUACCUAUCCAUGUUACAAACUAUUUUUUGCAAAAAUAUAAAUCUCCAUAUCAUGUGAUAGUUCCUCAAUUAGCAGUGCAAGGCCCUACAAAGGAAUUCUUUGAAACAUAGGUAGAUCAUUUGGUAAUUUAUACAUUUGGAGCUAGGUUAGUGAUUAAACCAUAGUAUCGCUAUUAUUGCAUUUUGAAAGCCUUACAGGCAAACUAGGCUAAUCUUUAUAUUACACAAGCUGUAACUUGCAGAAAAACUCUUUUGUCUAUGUUUAAUAAUUAUUGCGUAAUAAAAUAUCAUUAAGAGUUCCAAUAAAAUAAUGAAUUGGUG